AUGGCAGCCAGGAUGGCAGCCUCGUGCCAUGCCGCCGCAUGCGCAGCGAACUCUUUGUCAGGGCAGUCUUUUCCGCACUCCGUGUUCUCGCACGUCUUCGUACGCAUGCUGUUCUUGUUUUCGCAGGAUGCGCACUUCCACUUGGUAAUGAGAUUCGGUGGUUGGAGCCCCAAAAGCGUGUGUGCGAAGGAGCUCACCUAUGAGUGCGACUCCUGUUUUAUUGGCUCAUCCACCAUCCAUCCCGCCUCGCAAGCAGCCAGCAGCCGAGUGACCGCUAAUGCCGCACCUCCGGUAUCAGACAAGCAGUUAGCACCCAGCUCCGCGGGUGGCCAUUACUCGGGUCGCGACGCUUCGAAGGAUAGUGGUGCUACCUGA